UACUGUUUCUUUUUCUAUUCUUAUUAUCUAUGCCGAUACAAAUAUCAAUACGAACAUAAAAAUGCAUCCGGCUAUAUCCGCCCUUUGAUCUUACUCUGAGUCAGGAAAAACAUCAAUCAGACAAUAAUUUCAUUUUACGAAUAUCAAUGCAAUAGUACGUGCAUUAUCAUUUACCAUGGAGCUAAAUCUAUUUAUCGCAUUCUUCACUCUUUCAAUCGCUUUGGGAUCGCCUGUACCAGAAUGUGGACCACCAGAAACGUUACCCAACGUCCUCACCUCUCCCAGCGAAACAUCUUACCCGCUUUGGUCAAAAAUCACAUUAUCAUGUGAUGAUGGAUACAGUCAUGUUGGAAGUCAAUACUCGUACUGUGUUGAAGCUGGUGUAUGGGACCCAAGUCCAGAUAAUGCCUUGUGCUUGGCCAAUUGUGCUCAACCUGCCGUAGGACCAAAUGUCGUGCAUUUUCCGUUUGGACGUGACCCGGAAUCAACGCAAUCUGUGUACAAUCACGAGGAUGUAAUACAAUACGCAUGCGCGGAAGGAAUCAGUUCUAACCUCGUGGGACCAAAUGAAGCAACAUGUGAAAAUGGAAUAUGGGUACCUGCAACAACGCCUUCAUGCAAUCACUGUACACCUCCUCUUGUAUCGGAUCCAAAGGUCAUUAAACUUUCUCCAAAUCGGCAGACCUACGCCACGAACGACGAAGUGAUUUUAUCAUGUUCUGAUGACGUCAGGUAUACAGCUAUAGGAACAAACGUUACCUAUUGUGAGGAGAACGGCAAGUGGACACCAGACCCUACAAAGAUGAUGUGCCGUGAGAACUGCCAGCUCCCAGCCCAUGACGCAUUGGUCGAGUCACGCCCACUACGGAAGAUGAGCGUUGAAGGAGAUGCGAAGAUUUCCCGAUUCAACGCCGUCAUUCAAAACUCUUGUCCUACUGGAAAGGUAUUGGUUGGACCAACCACGCAGAGAUGUGUUCAAGGAAAAUGGCUACCCGAUCGGAAGGUUGUGUGCACCUAAAUCAGGGAGUUGCGUCACGUGGAUGUAUUCUUGAAUUAAU